UGCCUUCGCCGAAAUUACGUUACGUUAUUUAAUGAAAUGUGGGAAACUGUUACUUUACAAUCAAAAUCAUUUCUGAAAACUGUUUUCAUUUGCAGUGAACUCUUCAAGGCAACAGCAACGCUUUAAAAUUACAUUUGAUGAAACCAAACAACGAAAGAGCGUUUCUGAACAUGAUGUGGGAGUCACUGAGGAUGUAGAAAUGCCUGAUGAAGUGCAAACAGUCGAUGUUGGGGAGGUUUCUCUGGAAGCACCGAAUCGUGGUCAGCUACCUGUAUCACAUGAUGAUUCCAACAUUCCAUCUACCUCAUCGUAUGGAGGAAAACGAGCCUCGUCACCAGAAAAUGUCAGGGAGGUCAUUGAGGAAGGUCAAACUUUGCCUAGCAGUUCUAAUCUAUCUGGAUCUUUACAGAUAGAAUCCAAAAACUUGUCAGAUGACCAUUCCGAUAAAAAAAUUACCAUGACUGACUUUGCGGGGCAAUGUUCAUAUUAUGCCUCACACCAGAUUUUUCUGAGUCCCCGGGCGUUCUUCAUUCUGGUGCUGAAUAUGGAGAAGAAGUUUGAUGAUAAGGUUGGAGAAGAAGUGUGCUGUCAGAACGGCUCCAUUUAUAUGGAAUGGACAAAUAGAGAUUACCUUGAGUUUUGGAUGAAGUCUCUUCACCAAUACAGCAAUGAGAAGGCUCCUGUCAUCCUGGUCGCUACGCACAGUGAGAACAAAACUCCAAAGGUAUUUUACUUAUUUACAUGAGCUUUAUUCAACCAA